UUAAACUAGAAUUUUCUUAGUAUUAACUCUUGCAUUGAAAUCUACUCACUAGUUAUUUUCACUCUUUUUAUUGGAUAUUUAAAUUUUCUUUGUUGAAAGAUUUUAUUUAUAUUAUAAGUCUAUAACUAAGCUUUUAUCUUUAAUUUUUGAAUUGGAUGUUAUGUUGAAAUUUAUAUAAAAUGUCUGCUUUGAAACACUUUGUGUUUCCCGAUCAUGCACCAAAUUCUGGGACUGUGAAGGCAAAGUGCAAAUAUUGUCCAACAUACAUCUCUGGCAAUGCCAAAACAACAUCAAACUUUGUGACACAUUUAAAGAGAAAGCACAGAGACAUUUUCAUUCAAAGUAAAUCUGAGGAUGGUACACAAAUAUCGCAAACAAAUAUAAGCAACUUUACAAAAUCUACAUCAGUUUCAAAAUACUCUGCCAAUGAUGCUUCUCAAAUGCAGAUUACAGAUGCUUUGGUUUCAUUUGUAGCUGGAAAUUUAACACCACUCUCAGUUGUAGAGAGUCCUGAAUUCAAGAACUUUGUCGAAUCAUUGAAUCCAAAAUAUCAACUUCCUAGCAGGAAACAUCUUUCUACCAAACUAUUACAUCAGAAAGCAAGCAAUAUUCAAUCAAAUAUAAAGAAAAAAUUACGCUCAGCAGAAAGUGUGUGUCUGACUAUCGAUUUAUGGUCUAAUCGUCAGAUGAAGGGAUUCUUAGUAUCACUUUACUUAACUUGUAUAUAUUUAUGAUAUUAAAAAAAUUCU